AUGCCGCAAAUCUCCGGCCUGGGCCACGUAGGUAUCUACGCGACCGACCUGAUGAAGAUGCGCGAUUUCUACACCCGCGUGUUGGGUUUGGAAAUUGCCGAUGAAGACCUGGAGCAACGCCGCAUGGUGUUCCUCAGUUCCGACCCGGUUGGCGAGCAUCACGAAUUUGUCCUGAUGGAAGGACGCGUAACAUCCAACGACGCCAAGGUUAUCCAGCAGAUUUCCUUCCGCGUGCCGUCCAUCCAGGAUAUGCGCGACUACAAGGCCCGCAUUGACGCCGAAAAGCUGGAUAUCGACCGGAUCGUCAGCCACGGCAACGCGUUCGGGAUGUACUUCUUCGACCCGGAGGGCAACCGUAUCGAGCUGUACUACAAGACCGGAUUGCCAGUGCCGCAGCCCCACGGCGACCCGCUGGACCUGUCCCGCAGCGACGACGAACUGCUGUCUGAGGCUCGCGAGCUUCUGCUAACCACGAGCUAA